AUGGUAGUCAAACACAUGCUCCAUGGCCCUUGUGGUCCUGCUAAUCCAUCUAAUGCUUGCAUGACCAAGAAUGGCGUCUGUCGAAAUAAUUAUCCAAAAGAUUUUUGUGAAGAGACCAUUCAAACAGUAGACGCAUAUCCUCAAUAUAGAAGAACAAAUAAUGGUGUCCAAGUAACAAUUAGAGGUGCUGUUUUAGACAAUAGAUGGGUUGUUCCAUAUAACUCAUAUCUAUUAGCCAAAUUUGAUUGUCAUUUGAAUGUUGAAAUAUGUUCAACAAUCAAAGCAGUCAAAUAUAUAUACAAAUAUAUAUGUAAAGGUCACGAUAAAACAAGCUUUUGUCUUUCAGCAUCUACUUUUGACAAUGUCGUAGAUGAAAUCGAACAAUAUGUAUCAGCAAGAUGGAUUUCUCCACCUGAAGCUGUAUGGAGAAUUUUCAGAUUUUGCACAAGUGAAAUCAAACCUGCAAUUAUCCAUUUACAGUUACAUCUUGAGAACUAUCAACCGGUAAUCUUCAAGAAGCGAGCUAACCUUCAAAGUGUCGCAAAAAAUCCUCAUUUCAAGAAAACAAUGUUAACAGAAUUUUUUCAUAUGAAUAAGACAAAUGAAGAUGCACAAAGAUUAAAUUGUACAUACUCAGAGUUUCCAGACCACUUUGUUUGGAAACCAAGCCAAAGAUAUUGGAAACUCAGAGAAAGAGGAGACUCUGUUGGACGAAUAAUGACCGCACAUCCAACAGAAGGUGAGAGAUACUACCUUAGACUCCUCCUUUCAAAAGUUCGAUGUCCCACUUCAUUCAAGGACUUGCGAACUUACAAUGGCGUUACAGUAGAUACAUUUAGGGAAGCAGCAUUAAUUCGAAAUUUAUUGCAAGAUGAUAAUAGUCAAGAAAUCUGUUUACAAGAAGCCUCACAUUUUAAGAUGCCUUAUGAAAUGAGAAGGCUUUUCGCUACACUCUUAGUUUACUCUUGCCCAAAUAAUCCAAAACAACUAUGGGAAAAAUUCAAAGUGUCCAUGUUGGAGGAUCUUGUCCGAUGCUCAACAUUAACAUUUAAAGAAAUUGAACAUAAAGCUCUACAACAAAUAGACGGUUUUCUACAAACAAUGGGCAAGAGCAUACGUUCUUACAACUUAGUCCCACCUGAUUUGUCAUAUAACAACGUAGAAGACCUGACUAGAGAAUUACGAGCAGAAAAAAGCAUUCUUGUUACAGCUCAUGAUUUGAAUGGAAUCGACAUGCUUAAUGAAAAACAAAAACAAGCAUUCAAAGUUAUUACUGAGAGAAUUUAUUCAGGAAAAAGCGGCGCUUUCUUUAUAGAUGGUCCUGGAGGAACAGGGAAAACAUUUCUCUAUAGGACUUUAUUGGCAGAUGUGAGGAGCAAAGGCUUUCUUGCACUCGCAACUGCCACUUCAGGAAUUGCAGCUUCUAUUUUACCGGGUGGUAGGACUGCACAUUCUCGAUUUAAGAUCCCAAUUGAUAUUUCUGAGGGUACAACAUGUAGAAUUAGCAAACAAACUUCUCUGGCAACAAUGAUUAGACAAGCAAAGUUAAUAAUUUGGGAUGAAGCACCAAUGUCCAAAAAAACAGCAAUUGAAGCAUUGGAUGAUUUGUUAAAAGACCUCAUGGAUUCAACUCAAAUUUUUGGGGGAAAAAUUGUUGUCCUCGGAGGAGAUUUUAGACAAACACUUCCAGUAGUUCGAAAGGGAGCAAAAAGUCAAAUGAUAAAUGCCUGUCUAAUCAAUUCUCCAAUAUGGGACAAACUUGAGAAACUAAACUUAAGUGAAAAUAUGAGAGCAAGAUUAGACCCCACAUUUACAGAGUUCCUAUUAAAGAUUGGAGAUGGGACAAUUCACACAGAAGCUAAUGAUUUAGUGAAAAUUCCACCUUCUAUCUUAGUUCCUUAUACUAAUGAAUCUGAUGCACUGCAAAAACUGAUCCAAAUGGUCUAUCCUGAAAUCACCAAUGGAUCACAAAUCUCAUCUCCUUUCUUAAACAAGGCAAUACUAACAACAAAAAAUCCAUUUGUUGAUGAGAUAAAUAAUGCUCUCAUAGAUAGAUACCCCGGAGAACCAGUUGAAUACUUGAGUUAUGAUGAGACAUUAAAUGAAAAUCAUCAGGCCGAAUAUAUCGACUUGCUGAAUACAUUGACUCCCAGUGGUUUACCGCCACACAGAUUAGUUUUGAAACCAAAUGCACCAAUAAUUCUCUUAAGAAAUCUCGAUCCAACUGAGGGAUUAUGCAAUGGCACAAGGCUUACAAUCAAACUCCUCAGUAAAAACAUCAUUCAUGCUACCAUAUCAUUUGGUGAAUUCUCUGGAAAAGAUGUAUUUAUUCAUAGAAUUCCAAUGCAACCACCAGCCGACGACCAAUAUCCAGUCCCAUACAAAAGGAUCCAAUUUCCAGUUCGCUUGUGCUUUGCAAUGACUAUCAACAAAGCACAAGGACAGACCUUAGACUUUGUGGGUAUAUAUUUGAAAGAACCUGUGUUUUCCCAUGGUCAAUUAUACGUUGCUCUCUCAAGAGCAAAAACAGCCUCAGCAAAUUCUUACUAUACUUCAUUCUAA